AUCCUGUGGUUCCCCAGCCAGCCCCCGGAGCAGUCAGGCCGCUUCUCUGUGUCUCUGAGCGGAGAGCUGACCAUCACUGGAGUCCUGGCUGCUGACUCGGGCUACUACAUGUGCCAGGCCAUCAGCGUGGCGGGCAGCAUCCUGACCAAGGCCCUCCUGGAGGUGGAGAACACCCCAUCAGACCGCACCCCCCCAAUCAUUCGCCAGGGACCAGCCAAUCAGACGCUUGCUCUGGGCGCCAGGGCACAGCUGCAGUGUCAUGUGAUGGGCAACCCGCUGCCCAGCAUCCAAUGGGAGAAGGACGGGCAGAGGAUUCUGGGAAACGACGAGCGCAUCCGCCUGAUGGAGGACGGAACCCUGCAGAUCACAAACCUACAGGUUAGCGAUUCUGGAACGUUUACCUGCAUCGCUUUGAGCUCCAGUGGUGAGACCAGCUGGAGUGGGGUCAUCACAGUGCAAGAAAGUGGAACCCCAGGGGUGCCCCAGCCCUCACAACCAAAUCUGCUCCCCGGCCCUCCUCAGAAGCCUGUGGUUAUGGAUGUGACGCGGAACAGCGUGACUCUGACAUGGCAGCCCACCAACCACCAGGGCGGUGCCCUGGUUACCUCUUACAUCAUCGAGGCGUUUAGCCAAUCGGCAGGCAGCACCUGGCAGACCGUGGCGGACUUUGUCAAGCUGGAGAAGCACACGGUCGUCGGCCUGUCCCCCAACACCAUCUACCUGUUCAUCGUCCGAGCGGUCAGCAGCUACGGUCUGAGUGACCCCAGCCCCAUCUCCGACCCUGUCCGCACACAAGACGUGAGCCCGACAGGGCAGGGGGUGGAUCAUCGGCAAGUGCAGAGAGAGCUGGGGGAGGUGGUGGUGCAGCUGCAAGAGCCAGUCGUGCUCACAGCCUCCACCGUACAGCUCACCUGGACUGUGGACCGGCAGUCUCAGUAUAUCCAGGGCUACCGGCUGCUGUACCGGCCCAGGCGCAGUGCCUGGCUGCUGCAGGAUGUGAAGGCUGCCCCGGAGCGCAGCUGCGUGCUCACCGACCUGAGGAAGGGCACGGAGUAUGAGGUGAAGAUCCGGCCCUAUUUCAAUGAGUUCCAGGGCAUGGACAGCGACGUGCUGCUUGUCCGCACACCUGAGGAAGCUCCUAGUGCCCCGCCUCAAGGUGUUACUGUGGUAACCGUAAAGCUGAGCAACAGCACCAGCAUUAGCGUGUCCUGGGAGCCACCCCCCGUGGAGUCACAGAAUGGAAUCAUCCAGGAGUACAAGAUCUGGUGUCUGGGGAACGACUCGCGGUUCCACAUCAACAAGACCGUGGACGGCACUGUGCACUCCAGCGUGGUGAGGGGGCUGGUGCCGGGGAUCCUGUACCAGGUGGAGGUGGCAGCGGCCACAAAUGGAGGAGUGGGAGCCAGGAGCCAGCCAAUGGCCAUCCUCAUCAAGACCCCCUCCGAUCAGCCCUCUGUCCCGGUGGAACCGGGUGGGAACGUGAGCCUGGCGGAGCAGAUUACAGAUGUGGUGAAGCAGCCAGCCUUCAUCGCGGGCAUCGGGGGCGCCUGCUGGGUCAUCCUCAUGGGCUUCAGCAUCUGGAUCUACUGCCGGCGCAAGAAGAGGAAGGAGCUCAGCCACUACACCGCUUCCUUUGCUUACACCCCUGCAGUUGGAUUUCAACAUGGAGAAGGAUCUGGUCUCAUUAACGGAAGACCUGGCAUGCUUGGCACCAACAUGGGCAACUAUCCUUGGCUGGCAGAUUCGUGGCCUACAACAAACCUCAUGCACAACGGGAAGGAGGCUUCUGUCAGCUGCUGCACCACCAAGCAUGACUCUGCAGAGAGAUAUUAUAAUGACGCUGGGAUAUCCAAUUACAUCACUCAGACAGAGAAGUUUGGCUCCGGGUCCAAUGAGGGACCGAUCUACAGCACCAUCGACCCGACCAGCGAUGACCUGCGCACGUUCAACACGCCCUACUCCCAGCACACCACCCCCUACGCCAGCACCCCCGUCAUGCCCUUCGGCGGACAGGGGCCCUUCACCCCUGACCAGGAGGGGGGGCUCUGGAUUGUCCAGCCUGGUCCCUCGGGGGCCCAGUACGCACAGCCGGACCGAGCCCGAACUGAGAACACGGUGAAGCUGGGGAAGCAGAAGUCGAUGGGGAAGCCUGUGAAGAUGCCCUCCCUGAACUGGGCCGAGGCUCUGCCCCCUCCACACCCCACUGGAGAGCUGGACCCCUUCUCUGAGGAGGAGGAGGAGGAGGAGGAGGAGGAGGAGGAGGAGGAGGGGGAGGAGGAGAUGUGCUCGGAAGGAGAUGACUGGUCCCCCCCGCUGCCUGAGCGCACCUACCUGAUGGAGGAUGACUCGGAGGACGUGCCGCCCCCCCCGCCCCGCGGUGAGGCCUCCUCUCCCGCCGCCUCGUACGGACAGCAGUCCACGGCCACGCUGACCCCCUCCCCGAGAGAGGAGAGCCGGCCCUCGGAGGACAUCCCCCGUCUGCACCACUUUGACAUGCCACAGCUGCCACGGAGGCUGCCAUGCGGGCCUGUCCCUGUUCCUCGAGCCCCCAGCCCGCCCCUCACCCAGUCCAACCCCAACCUCGCAGCGCUGGAGGCUAGCCCUGACACCAGCCCCGCGCACAGACCCGGGCACCGCCGGGACCCCAGCCAGGGGGCAACACACAGCGCAGACAACCUCAGCUCAGGAGGACCAGGCUGGGCUCACAACACAUCGAGCGACAGUUGCCACACUCCUCCGGGGCAGAAAUCUCGAGCCAAGAAGAAGUCCUCAAAGACCAGCCAGUACCGGAGAGACAUGAACCAGGGAGCCCUACCCCCGCCCCCUGAGCCUCCCCCUGGUGAUGAGCUCCCCCAGCCCCUGCCUGUCUCCGGCCAGGACUGCAGCCGGACCUCGCUGGAGAGAGACGGCAGCGCACCCUCCUCCAUAGAGCGCAGACCUGAGCACAUGAACCUCCACAGGAAAGCUUCAGCGUCGCGGCACAGAGACGAAAACGACAUCAUCCCUUACAGCAAACCCAACUUCCUGUCCAGGGGUCAGAUGUCCAGCAAUUGUUCCACAACAGGAAGUUCUUCUUCUAGAGGGUCAACAGGGUCACGGGGUCAAGGGGCAGGGAGGAGCCGGACAGUCGCAGAGCGGAACGAGGAAAUGAGAUAAACUGAAGUGGAGGAACCCAAAAAUAGAAACAAAAAAUAAGCAGUUUCAAUCUGGAGAUGGCUCGUAGAUUUUCUUUUUUUUUUAAUAUUCCCACCUUCCUCCACAGAAAACAAAAAACAAAAGAAAAGAAGGAAACUGUACAGGAUUAUUAUCUGCCUUGUUUAAAAAAAAAAAAAAGUUAUGGACUUUCAAUUUUUUUUUUUUAUUUAUACUUGCAUUGCGUGCAUCUAUUCCUCACAUCCACGUGUGUAUAUAUAUAUCAGUCUUUUUGUAAGGUUUCUAUGUGGUUUUCGUGUGCAAAGAGACAAAGAAAGAAUAUAUUGUAUUUAUAAGAAAGAGAAAGCAUCAAGGAUUGUCUGAUAUUAUAUAGUUCAUGUUUGAAUGUGCCAAUUUUUUCAAGAAAGUAUACAUUAAAACGAAUGGAAAAAAAUUGCACUUUGUAGUAACGAACAACACAAAACGAUAUUAAAAGCACAAACUGUGUUAACCACCCAAUCAGAUUCCACAUACUGAAAGGGAAAAGUCAAUCAAAACUCUUGGAAUUCUGCAGCAGCUGUGUCUGUCUGUUGAUCAGAAUCCAAUCAGAACGGUUGAAAGACAUUGAACAGGACUUUUAGUUGAAACUGUUGGCAUUGCAUUUACUACAUUUCUUUCAGUAUUUCCAAGGCUAAAAAGGGGGGGGGGGGUGUUGGGAAUGCUUGGACAAAGAGGUGUCACAGCAGCUGCGGAUCACAGACGUGUAAAAACACCAAAACUAUCUGUACUAUCGACUAACUUUUUGGUAGUCGUAUUGUUUUGUAAAAAUAAAAUAACAUUUUAAAAAAUACGUUUGUCAAGCUAUACAAAACUGUAUUUUAUUGCAGCGGAAUACUGUGUUUGGAAACUAGAACCCGUGUCAAUUUGUGGUUGCCAUUGUAGGAAGCAGUGUGGGUAAAAUUUAACCAGUGAUGUAAAAGUAACAGCCACUUUCCUCCCUGUAUGAAUCAGCGCUUGGGUUGGGUUUGUAAAGAGCUCUGAUCUGCUGCGUGGAAUGAACUGUAUAAGUACUGUACCAGCUCCAUACAGUCCCAUAAAAGAGCUAUAGGCCCUGGGACCGCAAUGUCACUCAGUCUUUAAUCCAACAUGAAACAAAUCCAAGAGAAGUCCCCAUGAUUUCCAUGCCAACCGAACAACACUCUCACUCAGUCAGCUGGGUCUGCACACAUGGCAAGGGCAAGCUUCUGAGCAGCCUGUUGGAAGAAUGAAAACAGAGCCGGAAUAAUUAAGAAAAGCUUCACCGUGCAGACUGAACCAGACAACGGGGCUUGAAAGAGGACAGGAGACACACUGGGAGGAGAUUAUCCAAGCCGUCUUUAUCUUUACACCUUCCCCACAACACCUGAAGUUAAGUCCCUUCCUGGACACGGAUUUCAGCUUCAAGGCAGGUAUGCACUACCUGGAAGAUGGAAACGAUUACUUUUAAUUGAGGGCUUAACAAAGUGGCUGCUGAGUGCGGACGGGCUUCAUCUCUCAGCACAACCCUGUAAUGCUGAACAGUGGAAGCACGGCUCAGCUCGGCUCAGAGUUAUUCUUCCCAUGCCGAAGCUGCUUAACACACGUGUAAGACUGCAGUGGCAUUGAGCUAGCAAAGUCUUUUAAUUUAUCAAACAAGCUUUAAAUGAAAAGGAAUUUGUAUUUGAACCUGCAAAAUAGUAGCUCUUCAGGAUUAGAAGAUGACUCGUGUAAGACUGUUGUUGCUCUUUUUUUCAAUGCUCAUGUUCAUAUGGCUUUGAGAAAGGGAUUAUAUUGUACCCCAACGUGAGAGAUAUACAUAUAAAUACCAAAAAGUCUGCAGAGUAAUGUAUUUGAGCCGUUGAAUUAACAUAGAUGUGGUAAAAGCUAAGCAAAUACUGUACAAAUCCACGCUGUCGAGACUGGUCAAAUAUUGUUUUGAGGUUUAAGAAUGUAAAAAUAAAACGUCAUUCAAAAGACACAGCACCCACAGUGAUUGCUAUCCAA